AUGGGGAAAAUGGUCAAAUUGUCGAUCCCGAUCGACCCGGCCAAAUCUGUGCCUGUCCAAAUGUGGAAAUAUCUGGCUAGCGUCUUCCUAAUUAGGGAAUAUACGAAAAGACAAAACAAAGCCAACAAGAAGGUUUAUGUGACCCCAAAAAACCUCUUCACAAAUUACAAAAUCGACUUUGGCUACGACGACGCCAAACAUACCCCGUAUCACAACAACCGCAAGCCGAAGCUGCUAGACGACCACGAGGACGCUUCACCAUCGCCUUCGGCAUCACCGCCCUACAGGAAAUCAGUUGCCACCAAAGCCAGCACCAGCAACCCGGAAGAGCUUGAACCCGCGGAGAAUUGGACCAACUGA